AUGCCGCUGCCCUCGCCCGAGGAGUCGGGCAUGGGAUCACCGUCGGUGGUGGCGACAGAAGCGGACAGAGAAGACGAGGCGGUGGCGGGGCCGCGGCUGAAAAAGGCGAGGGGAGCCGCCGCGCCCGCCGCCGCGCCUGCGGCUCAGUCGCACGCAGCCGCGGCUGCACAGCCGCCUGCCGGCAGCCUCACAAUCCGGCCGGCCAAGCGCGGCCGGCGCAAGGCUGCGCCCCGCGUCGACAGGAACGCGCUCUCCGCGCGCGGCGACGGUGUGCCGCCGCGGCGUUCGCGCUCCUCGUCGCCUGACGCGCCGCCUGCGAAGCGGGCCUCUUCUGCCGGCUCCUCCGUUUGCGGCUACGACUCCGAGGCGCCGGAGGAGAUCCAGAACGAGGCGCUCUACCGGGCCUGCCGCGCGUACGGCUUAGGUGAGCAUUUCCUCGCUGCGGCGCAGGACGAGGGCACAUUCGGCGAGUGGCUCGACGAGCUACCCUUCGAGGUGGCUGCGGCGACCGCCCGGCUGCUCAAGCACCACGCGCGCUCCGGCGCGUGGGUCGAGCUCUCGCCCGGCAACCCUAGCCAGGCCUCACGCGCUGGCCGCGACCGCGACCGCUCGAGCCCGAACUGCCCGUCAGAUAUGUCGGAAUUGUCGGAGAAUAGCGACUAG